GGGACUGCAAGCGAAGGAGGCAAGUGGGGCGGCUCCUCCCCUUUUCUCCCUGGUUGGGAAGGCGGCCAAAAUUGCUUCCCACGACUGGGUAGGGUCUGGUCUCAGCAGCCUGGUCUGGGGGAGUCACUCCAUAUGACAUCCACUGCCUCAGAACUCUGCCAAGAGGGGGGUGGGUCAGGCGAACGAGCUUAGGGAGCCCCCGCCCUUCUCUGCUGCUCAGCGUCACGCGUGACGUCUCGGUGAUGGCUGGGAGGAAAGCGCAGAGCGGUGAAGGAGGGCGGGUCUGAGAGCUGCUAAAAGCUGAAAACCCCGGAAAGCAAGAUGGGUGAUUUGCCCUUAGAUAUCAACAUCCAGGAACCUCGAUGGGACCAGAGCACAUUCCUAGGCAGAGCCCGGCACUUCUUCACAGUCACCGAUCCCCGAAAUCUGCUGCUGUCCCGGGAUCAGCUGGAAGCUUCCCGGAACAUCGUUCAGAAUUACAGGGCUGGUGUGGUAACCCCAGGGCUCACUGAGGACCAGCUAUGGAGAGCCAAAUACGUGUAUGACUCAGCAUUCCAUCCGGACACGGGGGAGAAGGUGGUCUUGAUUGGCCGCAUGUCAGCCCAGGUGCCCAUGAACAUGACCAUUACUGGCUGCAUGCUUACCUUCUACAGGAAGACUCCAACUGUGGUGUUCUGGCAGUGGGUGAAUCAGUCCUUCAAUGCUAUUGUGAAUUACUCUAAUCGCAGUGGGGACGCUGCCAUCACUGUGCGGCAGUUGGGAACAGCCUAUGUGAGUGCCACCACUGGGGCUGUGGCUACUGCUUUGGGACUCAAGUCUCUCACCAAGCACCUACCCCCACUAGUCGGUCGAUUCGUGCCCUUUGCAGCUGUGGCCGCUGCCAACUGCAUCAACAUCCCCCUGAUGAGGCAGAGGGAGCUGCAGGUGGGCAUUCCAGUGACUGAUGAGGCUGGUCAGAGGCUUGGCCACUCGGUGACUGCUGCCAAACAGGGAAUCUUCCAGGUGGUGAUAUCGAGAAUCGGCAUGGCGAUUCCUGCCAUGGCCAUUCCCCCGGUGAUCAUGAACACUCUGGAGAAGAAAGAUUUUCUGAAGCGCCGCCCCUGGCUGGGGGCGCCCCUGCAGGUGGGACUGGUAGGCUUCUGCUUGGUAUUUGCCACACCCCUGUGCUGCGCUCUGUUCCCUCAGAGAAGCUCCAUACAAGUGAACAGGCUGGAGCCGGAGCUGAGAGCUCAGAUCCAAGCACAAAACCCCAGCAUCGAUGUGGUUUACUACAACAAGGGGCUCUGAGAGGAGUCGGCCUCUGUCCCUGUCCUUACCUCCUUAGGCUGCUUCUCUGGUGCUACCUUGUAACGCUACCACCUGAUAUUCUUCCGGGUACUGGGCAAGGGGCUUGAUGUAGGGAGCAGCCACUGAGACCAGCAAACUUAGCCUGGGGGAGGCACCCCUAUAAGCCUCUUCUCACCUCUCUGGUUUCAAAGAGCAAGUCACAAAACCCAUCCCUCCUGCGUUUGUGUGUGUGCAGCUACACAUGCAGUACACAUAAGUGUUUAUAAAUUUGGUCCUGGAAGCUAAGAUCAGAAAUGCUGUUCUAGGAUGUCCUGAUACCUGUCUUCUCUCCUCAGUCUCCUGCCCACCUCACGGUAAGCCCGAUGAUAGGUAACACUUUCUUCCCUAAAUUGUUCCUCUGGCCAAGUCAUUUCUGACAACAUCUUAGCGUUCUGCACCCAAAAUCAGCCCCAGGAUCCCAGAACACCAACUGAAGGACAUCAGCAGGCCAUACAGCUUAACCCAUCAGCUCUAAAAGCUGGUUCAAGACCUGGGCUGGCAGAGGAAGCAGUGCGGGAUCAGGGAGGCAGGGGGCUCAUGCUUGCUGGCCCCCACACCCUAGAAUGGCUCCACUCUUCUCUUCUCAUGGAACAUGGGGAUGUCAGCAGCCUGCACUGCUCUCCACGCUGCAAUGUGGGUGCCUUUAGAGACAGUCUUGGACAUUCUUGGUCUGUUCUGAUGACUCAGACAGAAACCCCACACUUUCAGUUCCCUCCCCAGUCAGAAAGCCACACAGGAAGAGCAAGCAUUCCCUUCAGGAGCUGCCACCACCCCGUACCCACUUAUAGGGGGACCGGAGUGGGAAUGGUGCUUAAACACAGGGCUCAGGUGUACAAUAUCAAGACAGGUAAUUUUGUGUUUCAUUGACUCUUCUUAGACACACCCCCACCUCAGUUCCUUCCUUUCCAUUUACUGCAUCUCCAGGAGAACCCAGAGCUUCAUAUAUGCUAGGCAAGUGCUCUACCACUGAGCUACAUCCCCAGUGCCUGCCCUCCCCCCUCUUCCUUCCUUCCUCCCUCCCUCCCUCCCUCCCUCCCUUUCUUUCCAUCUCUCUUUCUUUUUUUUGUUUUUCAAAUAUGGUUUCUCUGUGUGGCCCUGACUGUCCUGGAACUCAGAGAUCUGACUGCCUCCUCCAGUGAGUGCUAGGAUUAAAGGCAUGUGCCAUCAUUGCCAGCAGCCCUUCUCUUUCUUAAGACAUGGCCCUGUGCUCCCUCUGCCCUUAAUUUCAAAAAGAAGAGGGAUCCAGGCGUUAAUAGCUGGACCAAAUGGAAGAUGGGCUUAGGAAUGGCGUGAAUAGUGGUGACUCCAGGGCGUAGAAUUAUAUCUCCACUCUAAAUCCAUGACCUCCAGCUAAAAGGUGAUUGGGGUCCCAUCCCCAGUGUCAUCCAUGGAGACCACUUUCACUAACCCCCUCCUCCAGUGACAACAGCUGUCAUGUCAUAGUGUCAAUAAACUGCAAUCCUGUCUAGUUCUUGA